CGAAAUCAUGCAUUGACGCUCCCCACGUCUGGAAUACUCGCAUUCAAUUCCGGAUACCCUAGCUGGAAGAUGUCCACUUAUUUGACACGCCCACAGCGCCAGUCUUGCGCAACAGAGGACCAUUGGAAAAUUGCCAUGUGUUUCUUCUUGGUUCUCGCUCUGGCAUCGCCUGCUUUUGCCGCCGUGUCGUUGUCUACGACAAAUGAUCUCUUCAAGGCGCUUGCAGAGCGGCGUGUGAAGCCACCGGAACCUCCAGUUUGUUGUCUGAGGCCGUUGCCGUCAUCGGAGCCCAUUCAGGACGAGAUGCUUCUGUCUUUCGAGGAGUGGAAAGAGAAGCAAACAGUUAAACAAGCGGAGCAACAGCAGGGCAAAAAAACUCAAGACAAGGACGCUAACGGGAACGAGUGGACGUCCGAACGAGGGGAUAACCCAUCCGCUGCUCCGGCCGAGGUCUUCACGCACAGUGCACCCUUGGACGCACCUCACUUCCGCGUCCCAAUAACAGACCGUUUCAACUACGCUAGUAUGGACUGCUCUGCGCGCGUUCAUACCUCUCAUCGCUCAGCCAAAUCCCCGGCGUCGAUUUUGUCUUCAAAACGCGACAAAUACAUGCUCAGUCCGUGCAAAGACCAAAAGCAGUACAUAGUCGUGGAACUCUGCGAGGACAUUAGAAUCGACACAGUCCAAUUGGCCAAUUUCGAGUUCUUCAGUGGAGUAUUCAAGAAGUUCACGGUCAGCGUGUCAAAGACGUAUACGACCGAUCCCGAGGGAUGGACGGUCGCUAGCACACAUACAGCAAAGAACAUAAGAGUGGUACAGUCAUUUCAUCCACCGACAUCCCUACGAGACUUUUACCGCUACAUAAGAAUCGACUUCCAUUCACAUUACGGCAACGAGUUCUACUGUCCCAUCUCCCUGCUUCGAGUCUAUGGCCUGACGCAUCUGGAGGAAUAUAAAUGGGAGAUUUGGGAAGACGAAAGUCGGGCCAAACGUGGCGAAAUUGCUGCACCAACUGUGCCUCUCGAGGUGAACGAGCCCGAGCCUGCUGUCGCCCCGGAGCCAGUGCGUAUUCCACCUUCCUAUGCCGAGUUCAUGGAUGCAGCCGCGACAGAACUGGAGAGCACGAAACAUCCUGAAACAUCAGUGGAAACAUCAUCGGAGAUCGCGCAGCAUCUGACGUUGCACGGGCACUGCGGAGGCAAUGCCGACGACGUUUGUCAACCAGAGCCGACCUCUGUUUCAACCACUGCGCCGUCUGGAGGAGAAUCCAUCUACCGCACAAUCAUGAAUCGAUUGACUGCACUGGAGGCCAAUCACACACUAUACGCGCGAUAUGUUGAGGAGCAUACGAGUGCUGUUCGAGAGAUGCUUCGCCGGGUCGGCGAAGAUCUCGGUCGGGCAGAAGGUGUGGGCAAAGCCCAAGCGCAACUGCUUGCGCGGUCCUUGCGAGAUUGGGAACGCCAGCAAAUGAGCACCCAUAUUGAAUAUUUGGAACUUCUCCGCAAAGUGCAAUAUCUGUCUGACGAGAUUGUAUUGGAGAAACGAUUGGGUGUUGCGCAGCUCUUGCUGCUGCUUGCUGUUCUUAUCUUUAUGAGCCUCACCCGAGGUUCCCGGGGGGAACCAGUCAUCGCGCCUUCGUCGUCCAUCCGAUCUUGGGGCCGGCGUCAUCUCAGCCUUGGAAGAUUAGGUAGCGGAGAAUGGGAUUGGGUUGGCAAGCUCAAGUCGAGGAGCCACAGUCCACCUGAACUGCCGACAUCGAAGCAAGACUCACCCGCCAAGGUGGUUUUUCCAUCGCGUUCUGAAGACCAAGCGGAUGUCUCGAAGCACAGGCCCCCUCGACUGAAUCUCUCUCUCACGAGGUCUCGCACCGGAGCCUCGGAAACGGCACCGUGAGGCUGGAGAGUCCGAGGUUACGGACACCUCGACGGCCAGGGACACCCACACGACACCUGGCGUCCAUUCCACUCACUCAUUCCAUCUCUCAUGGAUCGCAUGCACCGCGAAGUGCAAGAAAAUGGGCCAGGACAGCUCAUCUGCACGAGCUUCGGCUGGGCUCUGGAACGAAGAG